AUGACACCCAUCUCACCUUUUCUCGAGAAACAAAUAGCCAUGUUAUCCGAUGCGUGGUCAUGGUGGUGGGAGAGCACUAAUAGCAGCGAUGAAUUUGCACGAGUGAGCCUUACCUUUGCCUUAAUCAGUCUUGUCAUCUCUUGGUACGCAUGGAUGUUCAUCAAGAACAGUGGCGGCGCACCACCGCCACCGCCGGGACCGCGCGGUCUCCCACUGCUUGGAUACCUUCCGUUCCUGGAUCUGGAGCUGCACUCCCACUUCGCCGACCUGGCUCGAGCCCAUGGACCCAUCCUGAAGCUCCGGCUGGGCUCCAAGGUUGGCAUCGUAGUGACCUCACCUUCCCUUGCCCGUGAAGUGCUCAAAGACCACGACACCAUCUUCGCCAACCGCGACGUGCCGGAUUUGACCAACGCGUUACAAUACGGCGCCUUCGACAUAGUAUGUACCCCGUUCGGGCCAGAGUGGAGGAUGUUAAGGAGGGUGUGUGUGCGUGAGAUGCUGAGCAGCGCGACUCUCGACGUCUUCUAUGACCUCCGCCGCCAGGAGUUCCAGCGGACGGUGAGAUAUCUGCAUGGUCAAGCAGGAUCACCGGUAAACGUGGGAGAACAAAUGUUUUUGACUGUAAUGAACGUGAUAACGAGCAUGUUGUGGGGUGGGACGGUGAAGGGGGAAGAGAGAGCGAGCCUUGGGGCAGAGUUCAGGCGAGUGGUGGCAGCGAUGACGGAGUUGAUGGGGAAGCCCAAUAUAUCUGAUUUUUUUCCAGGAUUGGCCCGGUUUGAUUUGCAAGGCAUUAGAAAACGGUUUGGAGAAUGUGCUCUGAAGUUUGAAGGAAUAUUCGAUUCAAUUAUCCAACAGAGAAUGAAGAUUGAUAAAGAAGGUGGAAACGGAGGUGGGAAGGAUUUUCUGCAGUUUCUAUUGAAGCUCAAAGAUGAAGGAGACGCCAAGACGCCUUUGACAAUGAACCACGUCAGGGCCCUACUCUUGGAUAUGGUGGUGGGUGGAACCGAUACCACGUCUAACACAGUUGAGUUCGCCAUGGCUGAAAUGAUGAACAAACCAGAGGUGAUGAGAAAAGCACAACAAGAAUUGGAGGUAGUGGUUGGUAGAGACAAGAAAGUAGAAGAAUCCCACAUCGGAAAACUGCCAUAUUUAUAUGCAGUCAUGAAGGAAGUUUUGCGGUUGCACCCAGCGCUCCCUCUGUUAGUUCCUCAUUGUCCAAGUGAAUCAUGCGUUGUGGGAGGUUAUACCAUUCCCAAGGGGGCUCGAGUCUUUGUUAACGUGUGGGCAAUACACAGAGACCCAUCAAUUUGGAAAUCCCCAUUGGAGUUUGAUCCGGAGAGGUUUUUGAGAGGGACAUGGGACUACAGUGGAAAAGAUUUCAGUUAUUUUCCGUUUGGCUCAGGCAGAAGAAUAUGUGCAGGUAUAGCGAUGGCUGAAAGAAUGGUGAUGUUUUCUCUUGCGACACUUUUGCACUCUUUUGACUGGAAAUUGAGGGAAGAGAAGUUAGAUCUUUCAGAGAAGUUUGGAAUUGUGUUGACAAAGAAGAUGCCUCUUGUGGCCAUCCCUACACCAAGAUUAUCUCACCCAGCACUCUAUGAGUGUGAGUAGGGUGGAGGAUGUUUCCGCGUAUACAUGUCUUUUGGAAAAUGCUAAGUAAGGCUGACGUUUGCCUAUCAUCUUCUAUUAUGGGCUGUUCUUGGCAUUUGAAAAGAAAUCAAAGAAAACACACCACUUUGUUUAUUUUUA